UUUGUGCAUUCUGGCUGCGCGGCGGCGGCUCCGGGGGAGGGGGGGGGAAGAUGGCAGCGUCCUCGUUGGAGCAGAAGCUGUCCCGCUUGGAGGCCAAGCUGAAACAGGAAAACCGGGAAGCCCGCCGGCACAUCGACCUCAACCUGGAGAUCAGUCCGGCCCGGGCUCGGCCUAUUAUUGUGAUCACUCUAAGCCCUGCUCCCGCUCCAUCCCAACGUGCAGCAUUGCAGCUUCCCUUAGCCAACGAUGGUAGCAGCCGUUCCCCCUCUUUGGAAAACUCACCCCAACAUCACACACAUCCAUCACGCCCUCGAAAUAUCCUGGGCCUUUCUCCUCAGCCGCCAUUCCUCAUGCACAGGAGCAUGGAGAGCAUAGAGAUUGAUCAAAAACUGCAGGAGAUCAUGAAGCAAACCGGUUAUUUGACCAUUGGAGGUCAGAGAUAUCAAGCUGAAAUCCAUGACCUAGAAAACCUUGGUGAGAUUGGUAGUGGGACGUGUGGACAAGUGUGGAAAAUGCGCUUCAAGAAGACAGGACACAUUAUAGCUGUGAAGCAAAUGCGUCGUUCUGGUAACAAAGAAGAGAACAAACGUAUCCUAAUGGAUCUGGAUGUGGUGCUGAAGAGUCAUGACUGUCCCUAUAUUGUUCAGUGCUUUGGGACUUUCAUCACAAAUACGGAUGUUUUUAUAGCCAUGGAGCUAAUGGGCACAUGUGCAGAGAAGCUGAAGAAACGCAUUCAAGGACCCAUCCCUGAGAGGAUCUUGGGAAAGAUGACUGUGGCGAUUGUGAAAGCCCUCUAUUAUUUGAAAGAGAAGCAUGGUGUCAUUCAUAGAGAUGUGAAGCCUUCCAAUAUUUUGUUGGAUGACAGGGGGCAAAUCAAGUUGUGUGACUUUGGGAUCAGUGGGAGGCUGGUAGAUUCAAAAGCCAAAACCCGGAGUGCUGGUUGUGCAGCAUAUAUGGCGCCUGAAAGAAUAGCUCCUGAUCCCUCAAAACCCGAUUAUGAUAUCCGUGCAGAUGUGUGGAGCCUGGGCAUUUCCCUGGUUGAGUUAGCUACAGGGCAGUUUCCCUACAAGAACUGCAAAACAGAUUUUGAGGUCCUCACCAAGGUUUUGCAGGAAGAUCCUCCUCCUCCAAAUAACACGGGAUUUUCCGUGGAUUUCCAGUCCUUUGUAAAAGACUGCCUUACUAAAGAUCACAGAAAGAGACCAAAGUACAACAAGCUACUUGAACACAACUUCAUCAAGCGUUACGAGACACUGGAAGUGGAUGUGGCAUCCUGGUUCAAAGAUGUCAUGGCUAAGACAGAGUCACCCCGCACGAGCAGCAUCCUCAGCCAGCAUCACCUGCCCUUCUUCACCAGGUAGCCAUGUAGUGUGGCUGCUGUAUCAGAGAAGGGGUCCUUGGCUGCCAGAUCUUAAAAGAGGGAGCACCACAACAAGCACCAGCCUUCACUAGAACAACUCUCCAGUGGCAUGCAUUAUUUGCUUCACCUGCUCAGUCACCUGUGACCAUUUUGUCUUCUUCAGUAUUGCCAGGAAGAGAUGGGUCCUAGUCUGGUCUUCCUGGAAUGUGGUUAAGUUUCAGGGCCUUUGGCAUUCCAGGCACCGCACCAGACAGCCCAGAUGUACAACGCUUUGGAUGAGAAAGUACUUCUUCAGCCUGUGCUUGUAUGUUUCUGGGAUUUGAGCAUCCGCCAUUGGGGUUGCCACCAGUGACAGCGUUGCUCCCUGCUAGUCUCUCUCUACUCUGACCAGAGACUUGAGGAUAUGCAACAGUGACGCUUGCUCACGCACUGUGAACAGACACAAAACACAAAAAGGAAAAUAGAAAAGAUAUUUUUUUUACAAGUUAUUUAUUAAGUUUGAACUUCUGGUGCUGUGGGCUGCCUGCUGCCCCGGUUCACCAGUCUCUGCGUUAUUACAUGUCCUUUAUUUGUUUGAUUUUUUUUUCCUCUGUGUUUUUGGAUUUGUAUUUGCUAAAGAAAAAUGGGGGCGGGGAUAGAGUAAUUGGCUGCUGCUUUAAAUGCUGAGCUUAGCAGUUGCAGUCGUCUUGGUUUUGUUUGUUCUUAGGGCUUGCGGGUGGGGUUUCUUCCCUGGAAAGGAAAUGUGUGCUAGAUUCUUGCCCAAGAGUUACUCAGUUAAAGUAAAAAAAAUUCUCCCUCUUUGGUUCUUUUUGAUCUCAGGGUUCCUCUUUUGAGUGUGAACAAAGUUUUGUCAUUGGUGUUUUAUUACCAAAGUGCAUGUUUGGUGCUAGGAUAAAUGCUUCUUCAUUUUCUUCCAGUAUUUAAGAAAAGGAAAAGCAGAACUUAAAGAUAAUCCUGGCAUCAAUAAAGCCAUUAAAAAUAGAGUCAUCCCAAAUUAUCUCUAACAUAAGAGAUUCUUAAAAAAAAAAAAAAAAACCACAAAAUUUGACAGCCACUAAUUUAUGCCUCUGAUCUGUUGGGGACGGAUUGGUUUAGCCUCUCAAUUAGUAGCAACUGAGUUGAGGAGCAACUCAGUUUGCUCUGUGAGAUCACAGACUUUGAACAGCAGCAUCUGUAUGGAUGCUCAAUCUGCAAGCAUAGAUGUGGUCCUAAACAAGGAGGUGCAGUAAACGGAGGAAGUACCAUUCCCUUUUAUUUCAGAAUUGAGCUGCUUUUGUAACGCUUUCCACAGGAUAAAAGAAAGGAGAGACAGGAUUCCAGUGGUUUAAAAUCCAAAGGCACCUUUUAAACGGGCCAACACUAACAAGUGGAUGGAGGCAUGCCAGAGGAACCAAGGUGUCUCAGUCACUAAUGUUGUUCUGUAAUUAGCAGGCAGUCGGAGCCAUCGGAAACUUUGGAAAUGAAAAGUUGGCCCGAGUGUUUUGAAAGUGAGUCAGGAAGUUAUUUUCAGGCAGUUCCAAUUUGUAUCUUUUCCAAGGUUCUGGGGCUGAUAUGCAACUUGAACCUCUAAAUGUUGUCCAGAAGAUGACUUCUUCCUGCUUUCUCCUACUAGCAAAAGCUUGGAUAUUGUGGCAAAGGAGAGGCCAGAAAAGGCCCCACACAGUUUUAUCCUCAUCAGGAGGCUUUAGUUGUGUAGGGCUGGAAAGAAAGUGCAUUGCUAAUUAUGCUAUUUCAGAUAUAUCCAGCCUGGUAUCACCCUGAGAUAAUAUGUUCCACAUUCAUUACAUCCUGACCAUUUUGUGAAAGAAGCCAUUGCAUUGGAAGGACUGAAGGAGCCAGGGGCAGAACCAGUGGAGGAAGAAGAAGCUUUAGUAGAGCCAUAUGUUCAAAUUUGGCGUGUGGAGGUCUUGGUUGUUAGAGACAGGUUAAAAUGAAAUCAGAUGGGCCUUGCUGAGGUUUUCUCAGUGAAAAUGAACAUACAAAGCUUGCUGGAAAAUAUAUGCAUAAUAUGCAUGUUAUACAAAUGCAGUGCUUUUCAAAAUAAAUCCUGACCAUUUGCAAAGUGUCAAAGAAGUGGGAGGGAAAACAGAAUUGCAGGAUCGAAUUUGGAUCAGUCAUCGGGACCAGAGGUUUUGUCUUCAGAGCUUUUGGACUAGUGCUGGAGCCUCUAGGACACAUAUAUUUGUCUUCAUUCAGGAAAGAGAAUUGUUUGUACAAGAUGUAGAUCCUCUGUUCAGAUGACUGGCUUAUGGUUACUGCAUUGUAUAGCACACUAAUAUUCCACCAGCUUUAAUUAUGACUAUUAAGGUAUUUUUCAGAAAUUGAAAAAAGUCAAUUUGACUUACACACCUUACAAGGCAUAGGAUUUAUGCAAGGAAGAAUACUGUUUUGGAUGUGUUAUAUGGAAACAUAUGAGAGAAGAUAGGAAGAAGGAAGGAAGGGAGAGGUGAAGAGCUAGCAAGAAUAAGGCAGUGAGCUGAAAGAGAAUUUAUGGCUUAAGAACAAGUUGGCAAUAAGGAAUGUUUAUUAGAAGGUUUUAUAGAAAUGCAGUAGGUGAAACCAGAAGAAGGGUGUGUGAAAAGAAAUGAGGAAUAGUUCAUUAGGGAUACUUAAAGAUGCUUAGCUUUCAAGAUGAAUUCCUUUAACAAGUUUAUUUAGAUUCAUUUCAGUGGUGAAUUUUUUAUUUUACUCACUAAGGUAACUUCUGAAAAUCUCUUUCAAUUCAAAAACAUUCUAUGAAAGAUACCUUGAACCAAUUUGGAAAUGUAUCCUAUGUCCAAAUUGGGUCAUAAUAAUUUUGGCAAAAUAUAUCCUGUUAAAUCAGUCAGGAGAUCCAGAAACAAAUAUUGGCUCCUGAUUAGAAAAACAUCAUUCUUUUUUUUAAAAAUCCCUCUAGAUCAAACCUAAUAGGGAUAGAAAGCUAAGAUAAAUUAAAUUGGCCUACCAGUGAAAUAAGUGAGGACAUUUAGACCCAGUAUUUAUUCUUGAUUUAUAAAAUUGUCUUUGGUUUUCAAGAUUUGUUGGUCACAGUUAAUUUUGGUUUUCCAUGUUUCAGUAAUAUGCAUAGUAUGUUCUAUAUGACUAUCAACCAAAUAUUAACAUCCAUUUUCUUUGAGGCCCAGUUAAUGUGGGAAACAUAAAUAAGCUUCACUUGGGAAUCAUUUAGGUCUUCAGAUUCAAAUUUAUUAAUUCUAUGAAGAUACAAAUAUAAACACGAACAUUUGUCAGGAUAUUAGAAAAAUGUCAUUUUACUGUAUUUUAAUUGUGAAUUGCCAAGAAUUAAAAGAUAGGGUGGCAUAUAAACUUAAUAAAGAAGGUUGGAGAAGAAUAAAGUGUGUUUUCUAAAACCACUUUGGAAAGUAAUGAUAAAAGUUUGUAAUUUUUAUGGCAAAAUUUGAGAAUCAAGCAAAGCCUGAAAUGCUUAAAAGCAAGAAUAAAACAGGUGCAGAACACAAACAGCCCUUAGACAUCUGUUUCCACCAGGUCUAUUGGCUAAAAGGUAUAGUGUAAAAAUCAUGAUAAUUGAUUAAUGAAACUGCAUCAGGACAGUUGCAGUAGAAUUCUCAUGUCAUGUGUUUAGAUCAAACUUAGUUUUUAUCUUAGUGACAAGCACUGAUUUUUCUGCUACUGUUGUGCAGCAUUUUUGCUCAUUUACUAGAGGAAUUGAUCUUGAAAAAUAAAUGGCAGAUUGGAAAGCUACUAAAGCUUGGGCAUAUGAUACACUGGAUUAAGAAUGUUGGAGAAGGUUCAGAGCAUAGAGAUAUAUAGGAGUGAAAAGUGGGUUUCCAAUUCUAGGUUGAAGAACAGCAUUGCAAGUGGACAGUGGCACUGGCUACAUAGAAAAAAGAAGAAUGUACAGAACUGUGUGCUGGAAUAAAGGAAUAUAGAAAGUUAAGCAGAAAGGCUCUGGAUGGUUAACAGAAGUAUUGUCAUAUAAGCAGUUGAAUAGCCUUGUCCUAACAGCUUCAUGUAACCUCAUUCUGGCUUUGUUGCUUGUUUUCCAUCUUGCUAGAUUAUUUAUACUUAAGCAAAGUAAUCAUAGUAGUUGGUAGAGCACAAGUGAUAUAUAAUAUGACAGCUGGCAUUUUCACCCCUCCGGGGGAUCUUCACCCUGAAGCUAACAGUGAAUCUGCAUUCUGACCACAGAGAAUCUUUCAAAGUUUUUAAAACUCCAGAUCUUUUUAACUGUUUUAAAAGCAGUUCCCAGCAUGAAUUGGUUAAAGCUGAACCAGUCUCCUGGAAAUCUUACUCAAAGAAUGAAUUACGGGGCAAUGAUGUUGUUAAAUAACUGGAUCAUCUUCUUGAUCAAAAGUAGGUCUAAUCAUGAAUCGGAGUUUGUGCUCUUGAACUAGGUUUUGUAAAAAAAAAACUUUUAUGUUUCUUUCAAAUUCUUUUAAGAAUUUUAUAGUAUUUAUUUGCUGCUUCUUGGGACAAAUGGGGGCCUAUUGAUUCCUAUGAAUAAGUGCCUUCUAUUUCCUCCCUGCCAAAAAUACUGUCAUUUGCAUUUUUUAAAGUAACAGUAUUUAAGUUACUGAUGAUUGUUUCUUACAUCACUUUUUGUGAUUGCUAAUAGAAUAGAAUUGCUAAGAAAAAAGAUCCAUAUUUUUUUUUUGCAAAAUGCUUAAAACAAUCAGUAGUUUUAAGAGCAUUGACUAUGUUCAGCUUACCUUUUCUACUGGGAGUUUGUAGUCUCUAUCCUUCGGCUUUAAAAUCCACAUGAACGCUCUGAAGCUUUCCAGAUGUUUGGGGGCUACAUCUGUUUUCAUCUCUUUGACCAGAGGGGUCUGUAGAAUUUGUAGUUGAGAGGGUCGCAGAUUCCAACUCCUACUGAGUGCCACAAGUCUUCCAAGGCCUAGAACAACUGCUUCUAGAAAGUCAUAAUUAGCCAAAAUGAUUAAAAAUGUAUCUAGUGAGAUUCUUUUAUUAUGUGAACGGAAGCAGAGAAAGAAAAGGGUACAGUCAAUCUCAUGAUUUUGUCAUCCUUCCUUUUCCACAGCAAAAAAAUGGUCAUUGCAGAGGCUUUAUUAGACUCCCUUCCCAAGAUGGGACUGAAGUAUUUGUAAGUGCAUAAUAGAUGAAAGAUGGUGUUGCUGUUUUGUACAAUUCUAGAACAGAAUAGUUCUUCUGUUAUGAAAGGCAACAUCAAUUAGGAUUAAAGUUUUUACACAAGAAAAGUUUUCUUAAAUUAAAACUAUAUCCUUUUUCAGAUAUAAGGAAGAAGUAUAGAGAAUUGUGGGGAAAUGAAUUGAUUCAGUUCUUAAAGGCAUAUUAUCAAGAAUUCAAGGUAGUUUUACUGUAAUAAGUUUUAAGGAGUUUAUUAGAAAUCUUUGUACAAGAAAGGUGCUGUUUUUUAUUCCUCAUAAGAAAUUAGGAUGGGUUUAUUGGUCUGUUCCCUUUUGGAUUUGAAAUUUCAAGCUAUCAUGGAUUAUCCUAAAAAUGUUGGCCUCUAAUAAAGCAUAUUUCUUCCUCCUUUUGGUUUCAAGAGAAAGCAAGAAUAGUCUCUUACAAGGAGUUUGUCUAGCUUUCAAGCAGGGAAGGAUCCUUUCUUCCAUCUCAAAGCAGUUAAAUAUAGAUUCUUUGGUGGGAAGGACUUGGGGCAGUAGUAGGUUUAGGAAGUGUUAAAGGCUUUUUUCAAUUGUUCAAAAUAUGGGAUGAUUUUAAACACGAAGAAGAAAAGAGAAAAUGCAGUUUUAUUGCAUUUUUAGAAUUAUUUUUUUAAUGUAUUGAUUUAGAACAAAUCUUUGUUAAUGUUAUUUUUAAAUCUGGGUGGCUCAAUGUUUACAAUCGCCUGCCUGACAUCUGCUCUUAAAGUGUGUGGGGACAUUGGGGUUGGGAGGGGCACCUGUGUGCAGCGUGUGAUGCAUGCAAUUCAAAUGGGGAUUUUAAAACAAAACUGUAAAAAAAAUCAUGCCAAAGUUAAGGCAGAGAUUAGCUGGAUAGAUGGUUAUAUUCUAGGCAUUAGCAGUUCACUAUAUUCUCUAUAUAUCAUAUAUUAUAAAUUUGCAUGUUAAAGUAAAUAGAAGUAAUCUAUCCUAUACAGCAAGCAAUUUUUAACUUGGAUUCCUUGUAAAUUUGGUCACCUGUCUUGAUUCAGGAUUGUCUGAACACCUUCUGUUGAUUUUGUUCGUUUUGUUUUUGGUAGCACUAAGUCUUCAUUUUACCACCGUUUCAUUAAAAGGGCAUGAUUUAUCCAAAGUUUCAUAGAACGUGUUGAGAGCAGAGCAACUUGAGUGUGCAGCCGCACAAAAAAUUAUGGUCAAUGGACAUUUCCCCAGAGAGUAUGUGUUUCUUCUUUGCUAGCCUUUUCUGCUGGAACCUACAUGACAAAAGUAUUGGAGGACACUUCGCCACUGAAGGCACCUGCUCAAUGUUAUACUCUUAGGAAGGUCAAAAGAUUUCAGUUUGGCUUGUUUGUUCAACCGUUUGCUAUGUUGUUACUUCCAAUAAUUAAGGCUACAUUUGUACACAUUUAUUUAUUGCCCACAGGGAACUGUGGUUGUUUUAAUUAUUUUUAAAACUUCCCUUUCUUUCACUUCGUACAGAAAAUGUAUUUUUUAUUGAUAGCAUUCACUAAAUAAUUAACUGUCAAAGUGGAAAUAUGGACAUAUACUGCAGUUUUAGAAUUUGCUCUGAUAAAUCCCAGCACUGAUCCUUUUUCAACAGACUGUAGUAUUUGAACUGUACUCGGACAUGACAGGUUCUGGAAUCAUGUAACUUGAAACCCCUAGGGUUCACGGUCCCAUCUUCUCUCUGCUUGAAGGGAUCCAAAAGAAAGCA